UUCGCGCUCGGGUGGCUGAGUCCGUCACAGGACAGAUGAUCAGGGUGCGUCCGCCUUUUCCUUCCCCCUUCUAUCCUCCUCCCCUUUCCCCUCCCCUUGUCCCUCCUUCUUCUCCCUCCUCCCUCUCUCCCUCCCUCUGGCGUCUCCAGCCGACUUACGCUUCCUGUCCGCGGCCUUUGGCGGAAGAGUGUCCCGCCUCUUCCGCUCCACAGCGGAGGCGGCUGUGGCGGUGGCCCUGGUGGCGGCGGCGGCGGCAGCGGCGCUCGAGCGGUUCCUGUCAGGGUCAGCCGGCGGGCCCCCUGGGUGGUCCACCUGCAAGUGGCGGAGCGGUGCCCCGGGGAUCGAUGGCGAUGAACUAUAACGCGAAGGAUGAAGUGGACGGUGGGCCCCCUUGUGCUCCGGGGGGCACCGCGAAGACUCGGAGACCGGAUAACACGGCCUUCAAACAGCAACGGCUGCCAGCUUGGCAGCCCAUCCUUACGGCUGGCACGGUGCUACCUAUUUUCUUCAUCAUCGGCCUCAUCUUCAUUCCCAUUGGCAUUGGCAUCUUUGUCACCUCCAACAACAUCCGCGAGAUCGAGAACCCCAGUAAGGAAUGUGAGCCUUAUCGAAGAAAUGAAGACAAACCAAUUGCUCCUUGUGGAGCUAUUGCCAACAGCAUGUUUAAUGAUACAUUAGAAUUGUUUCUUAUUGGCAAUGAUUCUUAUCCUGUACCUAUCGCUUUGAAAAAGAAAGGUAUUGCUUGGUGGACAGAUAAAAAUGUGAAAUUCAGAAAUCCCCCUGGAGGAGACAACCUGGAAGAACGAUUUAAAGGUACAACAAAGCCUGUAAACUGGCUUAAACCAGUUUACAUGCUGGAUUCUGACCCAGAUAAUAAUGGAUUCAUAAAUGAGGAUUUUAUUGUUUGGAUGCGUACUGCGGCAUUACCUACUUUUCGCAAGUUGUAUCGUCUUAUAGAAAGGAAAAGUGAUUUACACCCAACAUUACCAGCUGGACGAUACUCUUUGAAUAUCACAUACAAUUACCCUGUACAUUAUUUUGAUGGACGAAAACGGAUGAUCUUGAGUACUAUUUCGUGGAUGGGAGGAAAAAAUCCAUUUUUGGGGAUUGCUUACAUCGCUGUUGGAUCCAUCUCCUUCCUUCUGGGAGUUGUACUGCUAGUAAUUAAUCAUAAAUAUAGAAACAGUAGUAAUACAGCUGACAUUACCAUUUAAUUUAUAUUAUGAAAGCAAAUCAUCUGCAUGUGCAUCAAGGCCAGUCCUAUUCAACCUAGCUUUCGAAUGCUGAUGUCUGGUUAGUAUGUCAUUUUGAAGUUGGCACAUAACUUUUCUAAAAAAAAAAGCAGUCUUUGUUGUUUGCUUCUUCCCUAUGGAUGACUUCUGAAAAUAUAUGACGGGUAUAAAAAAAUUAGCUAUAUUGAUCAUAUCAACACUGUAAUUGCUGAAAUGGCAUUCUAAUGUUUGCUUUUUAUUGGGACAGGCCACAUGAUGCAUAGAGCCUCUUUCAUGUGACUUGUGUCUACUGCUUAAAUCUUUAUGCUGUGUUGAUAUUAUAUUGACAUAUGAUGCUAUAUAUGUGUAUGUAUUUUGUGGAGAAAGGGAUUACAAGAUGUAUGAGUAUAACGACUUGCUAACCUUUCAGGAUUCAGAGAAAGAUGAAGAAAGACCAUAUCUAAAUAAUAUACUUCAUCGUUUUCAUGUGUAUAAAUGCUUAAAAUACCAUCUUUGUUGAGGUGGUUCAUGUAUCCAGUUUAUCCAGUACAGUUAUUUGUCAAGCUUAGCUUUGAUUUCAAAGGACAUGCUUACCUUAUCUAGCAUAAGAAUUAAUGCUCCUGUCUGCAGUGGUUGGGUAGGUCCUGCUUAGGAGAAUUAAAAAAUUCCUCUUUCCAUUUGGUUAAAUGUUGCAAUCAGGAACCCCAACUCACUUGGAAUGUUUUUAUAUGUAAUCAUUUCCCUUGAAGCUUAUGCUUUGUAAGGGAAGAAAGAAUUCAGGUGAUAAUGGGAAAACUGCUUGGCAGAGCUUCAUCUUCUGCCUCAACUGUAAACCACAUGUAAAUGCUUAAUGGAGACUGUUUUCAUUCUUGUGAUAUUUAACAUUCAGAAAAUUACUUCAGCUUUGGAAAUACCUCAGGCUGUUUUUAUUUUGCAGGUAAGUGUUUUGACUUAAGUACUAAUAUUCCAGAAAUUUUUGAAAGCAGUAACCUUAAUUUCCUAUGUAUUUCAUUCCACUUUUGCAUAUAGGUCAAAUGGCAAUGUGUAUGCACAUUCUCUUUAGUUAAUGCACCAAUUGUUUUGGUUGGUUUUCCUAAGACAUACUUUAAAAAGAUGUUCUGUAAAUUUCCUAAUUAAAUUAUGGGGAUUUUGGAGUAUGUACAUGAUAAAUUAUAAUAUGUAUAUGGUUGAAGUUAUUUUAUUUUUUACUAACUGGAAUUAUUUUAAUAUUCCUUAUUGAAUAAAUGCUGUAACUUGUUUGCUAUGGAACUUAUUCUUAAAGUUCUAGUUAAAAAUAAUUUUUCCACAUGCAUGAAAAUGUAUGUAUUAAUCAGAGGUGGCUUGAUUACAUUGAAAUUGCUUUAUUAUUGUUGUUGUUGUUUUUUUUUACUGAAAUAACUCAUGUUUGUGUAGAAGAAUGCCUGUUUAUUCAGAGUUUAUAUUUUCCUUCAGUUAUAUUUUAAAUCAAAAGGCCUGGGUAAUGUAUACUUUUGAUUAAUAUAUACUUUUUUUAAAAAACAAAAAGCAAUGUAAUGGUUAAUAGUAGAAAUGUGCCACACUUUUCAAGUUUUAUAUAACAUAUGAAAUUCAGUUAAAAGAAUGUGUAUUUCAUAAUGACUUUUAACUGGUAAAAAUAUUACUUGCACGAAGUACUUGAUGUAUGGUUAUCCUGAAAUUUUGGAGUAUUUGGUGUGUUCUUUGUCUAAAAAUAGUCUUUGUUUUGUCAGUCCUUCAGAAUGUUAUUUAUUCUGAAAAUUGUCCCUCUUGCACUUGGCAGUUUAUUUUCUGGGAUACAUUGUUGGGGGAGAGGGGUUUCGCCAGUCUUUCCAGAUUGAGUCUGUGCUGUUUAAGGAGGACUACCAUCCUGCAACUCUUUUUCUAAUUGGGGCACAGAGAGGAUGUCAGUAAAGAAAAGUUGAAGAGCCCUUUCAGCACUUUCUCAUCUGUGGAGAAGAUAGAAUCUUAAAAUACAUUUGGAAUUUUAUCUGUUUUACAAGUGCAUUGAUGGCCUAAGUUCCUCCUAUUUUCUGCUGUUUGAUCUCUAAGGAACUCCUGUUGCUAAAUAUGAAGAGUAUGGAACAUUCAUAUGGUCUCUGUGAAGCAUGGGGGGAGGGAAUACAUUUCUUUUUCUUAUAGGCUUUAUGCUCAAAUGUCAUAGUCACCUUUCAAAGAAUCAUGUUGCAUUUUAAAUGCAGCCAGCUUAAGUAGAAGGCAUUGAAGGAUGCAUUAAUUUUCAGGAACCAUUUUGAAUUAUGAAAAUAUUCCCAGUUGAAGAAAUUAUUCAAUAAGUAAAAGCUAAGAAAUGUCAUUGAAAUCAUAAGGCAGUUUAAGCAUAAAUUGAUAAAAAUAGCUGUGUACUACUAAUUAAUAGAAAAUCAUUCAACCAAGAGAAGAGUCAAAUGAAUAUCAUUUGUUUAUUGGCUAGUGAGUUUCUUUGUAACCUUGAUUUUAUUAAGUAAUAUUCGGUUAGUAUGUCCUGUUAAUAAAAAUGAACAAAAUUAAUUUUGCUAUGUUCAGGUGUCUUGAUAAAAUAACAACGCCCCAGUGUUGUUGCUUAUGUUUAGCACUAAAUUUUAACACAGGGUCAGUGAGUCCAGGUUUUAACUUCUUCAUGCCUGGAUGGGAUGAAAUGUAAUUCAUUGUUAAAUUAAUGCAUAUUUGUAUUUAUUAAUCACUGUGACAACAUUAACCAUCUGUUCUUACCAGGAAGUGGUCAGAUUAUCAUCUGAGUUACAGUUAGACUGGCUAAGUUUGGUAUUAGAUCAAGGGGAAUGUCCAGUAAACAGAGAGGUAAGGAUGAUGAAAAUAAUGAAGUGGGGCACACAGGAAAAACCUGACUGCUGAGGAAGAGCAGCUGAGAGAUAGGGUCAGUGAAUGUGGUUCAGCCUGCUACCUCUCCUGUCUUCAUAGAAACAUUGCCUUAGAAUUAUUGUAUGACACUUUUUUUGUUGGUUAAGCUGUAAAGUUUUGUUCUUUGUGAACAUGGGUAUUUUGAGGGGAGGGUGGAAGGAGUAAGGAAGUGCUCCUUUUACAAGAAUUUCGAUGCAUGAGUGUCUGUUGUAGGGUUCGGAUGAUCUAGUAAAGUGUUUUAGAACCCCUUUUUAUCCCAUGCACCAUUUGGUAAACAUAAAAGUCACAAUUCUGCUAAUGUCAUUUGGAACUUCAAAAUAAAUAUCUUGUCUAAAAACAAA